AUGGAAAUGGGCCCGUAUGUUCCCGUCUGCGAGGAGGAAGGAGCCAAGUUCAAGACAAAACAGUGCGACACGCAGAAAUAUACUCAAGCUGCAUUUCAAAAUCAGUGGUCCGAUUCGCCGAAUUUCUCUUGUUUCUGCGUCGAUCAGGAGGGAAAUGAACUGGCGCUGACGAAAUCGGGCCCGUCUGAGGCGGAGAAUUUGGAUUGCAGAGAUGGGGAAUUUUUUAGUCAGUAUAUUCAGUGGCGGAAACAACAUUUCGACGAGUGGCUGCCGAGUUUUGACCUUUAUCUCAAGAAAAAACAGAUUCCCGUCGACUUAUCCGAAAGAGCUCUUAUCGACGGAACUUGCGAUAUUCCCCGCGAACUACGCGAAAGUUGCCAGCAGCGUGACUUGAUCGGCGGUGGCGAAAUCACUUCCGUUUCUCGCUGCGCCUCGGCCGAGUGCUGCUUCGAAACGUCGGAAAGGACGCAGCGAGUCGAGUGCUUUAAAAAACGAGCGAAGGUGUCCGACGAAAGCCUGGUUCUCAACUGGGACGCGGACCGAAUUUACAUUAGCUAUCUGUACAAUCACUGGGUCAAAACUGUGCAACAAUUCACUGCCGAGGCGAACAGUACUGGCCCGCCGCUGUUUCCCGGUGUUCAACAUAUGUAUUUUUAG